AUGGAGGCUGGUCUUUCGCUUGCGGCAUUCUCCUGGAGGUCUCGAACCUCAAAGCUAUCGUUGGUUCCACUUCACCUCGGCACCCGGCACUUUGCAACGUUUGGCAUCCCAGGUUUCGUUUUCCGACGGCUCAAGCAUACCAGGAGCUUGUCGAGCAAUGCGCCGAGACAGUUGCAAAGCUUGAGAAGCUCUCUGUGCCGGAGAUCCCAUUUUGCCACCACGUGUUAUCACAAGUCUGCAAUCGGAGCAGGGAGUCUGCUUGUCUGCUUCGCAUGCAGUGGACAUGGCCGAUGUGAUUUGCCAGCAGAGUCGGGACCUGCAACUUUGGCAGCCUCAGCGGGCGUUUGUCAUACCUGUGCUUUGCGGGCCGACGGUCGGCUGGUCUGUUUUGGGGAUGGUAAGUACGGACAGUGUGCUGUGCCAGAAGACAUAGCAACAGUCUUGACAGUCUCAGCGGGAAGUUUCCAUACUUGUGCAGUGCAGGCAGAUGGUCAGUUAAUCUGCUUUGGAGACAAUGAAUACGGGCAGUGUACUGUGCCAGCAGGAUUGGCGUCAGUGUUGGUUGUGUCUGCAGGCCGUCGUCAUACCUGCGCAGUCCCCACAGACGGUCAGCUGGUUUGUUUUGGUGAUGAUAAAUAUGGCCAGUGCACUGUGCCGACGGGAUUGGGACCAGUUUCGGCAGUCUCAGCCGGCAAUUCGCAUACCUGCGUUGUGCGGACAGAUGGUCAACUGGUGUGCUUUGGAGACGACAAGUACGGGCAGUGUGAAGUUCCAGCAGGGUUGGGACCAGUCUUGGCCGUCUCAGCAGGUAGUUUUCAUACUUGUGCACUGCAGACAGAUGGUCAGCUUGUCUGCUUUGGCGACGACCGGUAUGGGCAGUGCGCUGUUCCGGCAGGAUUGGGAUCAGUUUUGGUUGUCGCAGCGGGCCAGCGCCACACUUGUAUAGUGCGUGCAGAUGGUCAGGUAGUUUGCUUUGGAGACAAUGAAUCCGGGCAGUGUGCUGUGCCAUCAGCUCUGGGCCCAGCUUUGGGAAUCGCUGUGGGCCGUCUUCAUACCUGCGCAGCGCAGACAGGCGGUGGGCUGGUGUGCUUUGGAGAAGACCAUUUUGGGCAGUGUGCUGUGCCACACAACCUUCUAAGGAGAUAA